AAAAUGGAAUUGUAACCGAAAUUCAUUUCCUUCUUUUCCUUUACUGGUUUGUUACUCUUUCAAAUCCCAUGUUUUGCUUUGUAAUCUACGGUGUGUGAAUUCGUUGCUUUGAUUGGCUAUAAUAAGAAACUUUACUUUGAUGUGGAUAAAUCAAUUUUUCUGGAAAAGGGUUGGGCUUGGAUUGUGAAGAUUUAUGACAUCUCUGUUUCCUCUUUUGAAAUUCUUGGUGUUGUGGGUCAUGAUCCGGAAAUGAAAGGGUUGGUCUUUUUUUUUUUUUAAAUGGUUCUCAUUGAGAGUGUCGGUGUUUAUGUUCUCUCCAUAUGAACAUGCAGUUGGUAUCCGAUAUUUCAAUUUGGGAAUUUAGAAAGGAUUUAGGAUUUUGUUUCUCUGUUAAAUUGUUCGGCUUUCACAUUUUGGAAGUGGGAUCUGUCUGCUUCUUGGAGUGUUGCUGAAUACCAAAAGAUCGCCAAGUUUAUAGGCCAGUCAGUGGUUAAAUUUCAAGUCCUGGUGAUCGAAGAGAGGAGCAUUGAUAUUGUGGAGUGGGAUCACCCUGAAAGUUGAGAGAAAGGAUCACAAGGAUGCUGAUCCCAGUAUAAUAUAGAUCCUUUGUCAGAAAGAAGGCUUCCUGAGUUGCUGCUACAGAAAGCAAAAUGCAUCAAUAGCCUGGCAUAUCUGAGGCAACUAAGUAUUUGAUAAAGCUGGGCAGACUGGUGAAGCAGAUUGUCUUUUGAUGCAAGCAUCGCAGCACAGAGUUUCAGGCAUGUCGAGUGGAUCUUACUACCAGCCAUUGCAAGAAGCUGAGGCCUAUUGCUUUCCUCAAUUCCAAACUUUAGAUCACCGGCUAUGCUACAGUGAGAACAACAGUCAAGGAGUCUAUAUGUCAGUUAAGAAUUCUCAUGAACAGUAUUGCACCCUGGAAUCAUCUUCAGCCAAUGGCAAUUAUUCUGUCUAUAAUUGCUCAUCAACUGCUAGUUUUUCACCCAGUGGAAGCCCAACAUCACAGCAGGAAUCUCAGUCAUAUCCACCGGACCUGCAUCGUUCUCCCGAUAAUACCUAUGGUUCUCCUUUAAGUGGCUCCUGCGUAACUGAUGAUAUGAAUGACUUUAGGCACAAGCUGAGAGAACUGGAAACUGUGAUGUUUGGACCAGAUCCUGACAUAAUUGGUGGGAUUGAUAGUGGUCUCCUUAACAGAAACAGUGGAGGGUCACAAGAGAUGAACAUCUGGACAUUAAUAACUGAGGCAGUCUCAAGAGGAGACUUAAAACAGGUUCUCAUUGCCUGUGCAAAAGCAGUCUCAGAUAAUGAUCUCCUGAUGGCACACUGGUUAAUGGAUCAGUUGCGCCAACUAGUGUCUGUCUCUGGUGAGCCCAUCCAACGAUUAGCAGCAUAUAUGUUGGAAGGGCUUGUAGCGCGGUUGGCCUCCUCAGGGAGUUCAAUUUAUAAAGCUCUCAGGUGCAGGGAACCAGCCAGUUCUGAGCUCCUGUCUUACAUGCACAUUCUUUAUGAAGUUUGCCCCUACUUCAAGUUUGGAUACAUGUCAGCAAAUGGAGCAAUUGCGGAAGCUAUGAAGGAUGAGAAUAGAGUCCACAUCAUUGACUUUCAAAUUGCUCAGGGGAGUCAGUGGAUCACCCUUAUCCAAGCUUUCGCCGCCAGACCUGGUGGACCACCCCACAUCCGAAUAACAGGCAUCGAUGAUUCCACAUCAGCAUAUGCCCGUGGAGGAGGUUUGGGAAUUGUUGGAAAGAGGCUAUCUAAGCUUGCCAAACAAUUUAAUGUGCCGUUUGAGUUCCAUGGUGCUGAGAUGUCUGGUUGCGAGGUUCAACUAAAAGAUCUUGGUGUUCGGCCUGGGGAAGCUCUGGCUGUCAAUUUUGCAUUCAUGCUGCACCACAUGCCGGAUGAGAGUGUGAGCACUGAAAAUCAUAGGGACCGGCUGCUGAGGCUGGUCAAGAGCCUAUUUCCUAAGGUGGUGACCCUUGUUGAGCAGGAAUCUAAUACGAACACAGCUGCAUUCUUUUUAAGGUUUCUUGAGACAUUGAACUAUUAUACAGCCAUGUUUGAAUCAAUUGAUGUGACUCUUCCAAGGGAGCAUAAGGAGCGGAUCAAUGUUGAGCAGCACUGCUUAGCAAGAGAUGUUGUUAACAUUAUUGCAUGCGAAGGGGCUGAGAGGGUUGAACGACAUGAACUCCUUGGUAAGUGGAGGUCCCGGUUCACUAUGGCAGGGUUUACUCAAUAUCCUUUAAGCACACUCGUCAAUGCCACCAUUAAAAAACUGCUUCAGAGCUACAGCGAGAAGUAUAGGCUUGAAGAGCGAGAUGGGGCAUUGUAUCUUGGCUGGAUGAACAGAGAUUUGGUUGCAUCUUGUGCAUGGAAAUGAAGUGGAUGCAAAAAUUGGUCCAAGCUGAGGUUGCAACUAAUGUAGGCUUCUCUGUUCUUCUGUUACCCACUUUUUUGGGACGUAUUCUCAGCUAAGUACUUGUAAAUCAAAGUUUGGCCAUUUCAUUUGAGAACGUUAAUCGAUUUGGUGAUUUACCAGAA